AAGAAACGACAGUCGCCACUCGACGCCCGCACCGUACGGAACGCGAGCUUCGUGUUAGUAGAUUCGUAUUAUUACAAAAACAUAAUAAACGUUUCUUUCUUUUAAAUUUUCUUUAUUUCUCAUUUCUUUUUUUCUGUUGUUUAAAUAACGCGAGUGAAUAAAUCAAAACGGAGAAAGAAAAAACUAGAAUAAUUUUUGACGAAUUUUUGUCCGCGUUGAAGAAGACGUUCACACAGAUAAUCAUAUAUAUAUAUCUUUUAUUGAUAUUAUCGUUUUUUUUUUUUCUAACAGUUCAAAGUGAUAUAAAUUUGAGAAGUAAAUAUUUGCGAGAGUGAAGAAGGGGGUGAGAGGAAAUUUGAAAAGAAGGGGUUGAAUCCAAAGCACCCAACACCACCAAGUCCACCACCACCACCAUCACCAACACCACCACCACCACCACUCGUGGCCGGUUCGCUGCACGCGGGAAACUGGUUGAAAGUUUGAAAGGGAAGAAGAGGAAAGAGAGAGAGAGAGAGAGAGAGAGAGAGAGAGAUAGUUCGAUAUCACACGCGCAGACUAACGAUAAAAACAAUACAAAAGAGUGGGACCCAAUAAAAAAAAAAGAAGAAGAAAACUGAAUUAAGGAAUAAUAGAAUAAAGAAUAAGACAACAAAAAAAGUGUUAGAUUUUUUUUUGGGGGGGGGGUGAAAAUCAGGUGUGGGAAAACAAAGUGGCGGAAGUUUGUGAAGUAAUUGUACGUGCGGAGAGGAGGGAGGGGAGGAGUGGAAGAAAAAGAAUAAGAAGAAGAAUAUUUUCUUAAAAAAAAAAGAAACACAUAUCUUUCAAAGUAUCACGUGAUUCCGAAUGAUAAUUCCAAUGCGACGAGCGUCAAGAGGCAGGUGACGAGGUUGGGUCACACAUACGAGAGAGAGAGAGAAAGAAAAAGAAAUAGAAAAAAAAAAAAACAAAAAGAAAGAAGAACAAAAAACAAAGAAAUAAAAGAAGAAAACAGUAAAAAUCAAACAAUAUCAAAGAGAGUUAGUUGAACCUGCUGGGAGGAGGACAUCGGAGGACAAUGAUGACGUUACGAUCGUUAUUAUUUAUUCUCUUCCUGAUUGGAUUGGCCAGGUAUUCCGAACUGGCACCAACGAGAUCGAAGGAUUUGUCCAACGAUGAAUUAUCAUCGUCAUCGUUAUUGUCAUCAUCUAUGGGAGGGGGAACAUCAUCGAGAAAAGGUUCACGUGGGGGUUCAUCGUCAUCGUCACCGAGCGAAUUAACCUGGGAAGCUUGGUUAUUGGUCGAUGCGCAAGCAGGUGAUCACGCAAGUUUGGAUUCGGCUAAUAUAUUGAGAAAAAUCACGCCGAAAAGUAUAUUUUUCGCACCUACACGAAUCGAAUGUGCUGAAGGUUAUCGCGCAGAUACCAUGGACAGAUGCGUCAAGGAUGUUAAAAUAGAUCACGAGGCGCAAUUUGAUUUUUUAUUGAAACGCGUCAGUGCUAUGUAUUUACAAAGAUUCCCAACUAAUGCGCAAGAACAAAAAAUGAAAAAUCAAAAACAAUCGUCAGGUCCUCUACAAUUGAGUAUACCAUUGUUAGGCGUACCACCACCACCACCAUCACCUGCUGCUGUUGCUGCUGCUGAUGGUGCUGCUACAUCUUCUAUUAUUAAUCAACAACUAAUCAAGAACGAGGAUGAUGGGACUAAUGAACCCCCGAAGGAGACGGUUACCGUUUACGAAGCUAAAAUCGAGACGACUACGAAAGAAGAUGAAAUAGAAGAAGAUCAAUUAAAUCAAGAAGAAAAAUCUAAAGAAGAAGAAGAAGAAAAACCAUUAAUAUUAUUCGAAAAUAUUAAUAAAAACGAUCCCAUAAAGAAGGACACUACAAAGUCCGAAGAGAUCGUUCCGGUUGCCGAAUUUGUUGAUGAAACAAACGGGAGUAAUAGUUUUUCGGAAAUAGUCGAUUAUAAAAUACCGAUCGAUAUAAAAGCCAUAUUGAAUGUAACUAACGUUAAUAAAAAUACGAACGGAAGUGAGAUUAUUAAUGAUGAUUUGAAAUUAAAAGAAGUAUUGUCGGUUAACGUUAGUAGUAUAGCACCUACGUUGGUACUCGUUUUAACACCAACCAAACAACCACAUAUCGAAUCAUCGUCAUCAUCCUCAAAUGAAGAAGAUGAUGAUCCUAUAGAAGAUUUAUCUAAUAUUACAACAACCGGUCACGUGAUCAUUCGUAUGACCGAAUCGAUAAAUUCGAGCAAUCAGAACGUGGACGAGGUCAACGAGUCCAAUUCGAUGAUACAACCUUUGACUAAAUUAUCCGAAAGUUCUUUGAUAUUUGAAGAUAAUAACGGGGGAAACAAUUCGGAAGCAUCCGGUAUGAAAAUGGAGGAUGACGAGGAACAGGAAACUAUUUACGAGGAUGAAGAAUCACCGAUUGAUGAAGAAGAAAUCGAUGAAGAAAAUGACGAUUACCUUGACACGACUGAUAAUCCUAUCGAGGAAGAAUUAAUCGAACUCGAGGGUGAAAUUUUGAAACAUGGCGAAGCUGGUAUUACUAUACCUAUAAAGAAUUUGGAUAGAUUACAUUUGGAAGAUGAUCGUAAUAAAGAUGAUGGAACGAUGAUGAUCGAUUCGAAUAAAAAAAAUCACAACAAUACGUUAGAUUCUUCGCGUGACGAAAUUACUAUUCGUUUUAAUCAUAGCAUUUCAAAUACGGACGAAUCGGAUAGUAAAAUUUCAAGCGAAGCUACGAUCAAAGACGACGUUAUCAUAGAAACAACAUUGUUAAACGUUAAUAAUCCUAUUAAAAUUUCGAAUGAUAAUAAAUCUUUGAUUAAAAAUGAUACUACCAAGAUAAACGAAGAUGAACGUUUCAACGAACAUUUCGAAUCGGAAAAGAUUCAUGAUAAUAAAUCUAAAAUAUUAUUACCGAUGGAAGAAAUACAUACGACUAUUGUAUCAACGAGUACCGAAGAAAAUAUUUUAUCGGAUACGAAACAACAACAACAACAGCAGCAGGUAAGUAGGACGAAAUUCGAUGAUGAAAAUGAAAAGAAUCCUACGGAUUUAAGGAACGUCGAACUUUUGGCUGAACCUUCAUCAUCGGAAUCGCUUCUUUACGAUCCUCGUUUCGACAAUCGUUACUUGGAAGCAUCGAUAACCGAAGUAGAGGAUUCAACUAAAACCAGUAACAGUUUUAGUACGCGAAAUAUCCUCGAUCUCGAAGGUUCACCGAGUUACGUAAGAUCGUCACAAAGUUACGUUAAAUUUCCAUCAGACGAGAUCAAUAGUAUACAUAAUCAGGAUUACAAAGAUGGACAUCAGAAUCAUCAUCAUCAUAUUUUCGAGGAAGGUCCACCUUACGUUAGUACGAGUAGUACGAAAAGUAGCGUACCGAUUUUUCAUCAAAAAUCAUCUUACUCUAGGACACCAAUUGGUGGUUGGAGAAUAGAUAGGCCGGAACAACAACAGGAAGAUAACGAAAGGCAUCGUUCGGUUGUUGUUGUUCAAAGACAAAAACCAAGGCCAAUGUAUUUGUAUAGAACGAAAUCACCACCACCUUUAACGAGGAUUUCUUCACCUAGUUUAUUUUCAAUUGGUCAAGGUGGUCCUCGUUCAACACCAACUAUCAUGGACAGAGGUUAUAGAAAUGAUUAUGUUCGAGUAUCAUCUCGUCGUAGGGUUAAAUAUUAAAUAAUCCAUAUCAAAUGGAUUCGCCUGAUUGAGCGAAAUAAAUGAAUAAAUAUAUUCGCGUUGGGCUAUCAAAUAUGUCGCCGACGUUAUUCGCUGAUUAUUUGAAUGUUUCUCACCACCCUUGAGAAAUUCUAAGCCCCAACGAUGCUGAUUCGAUUAUUAUAAAUCGAAUCUUGGAUCUGCCGAGAGAUUCUCAACUCUCCUAUCUGUGUAUACGUGUCUCUUUCUCUUUCUAUCUAUCUAUCUUUUGGAAUUAUGCCAAAUAAAAAACAAAGGGGUUGAAAGAAGCAACCUAUCGUUCGUUAAAAACGUGUGAUACGCGAUCGGGAACACGCUUAUCUUUUGGCACAUGCACGUUACCUUUUUUUUUUUUUUUUUUUUGUAAUAUUAUGGUACCGAAUCAAUCUCUGGUUGAUCUAAACGAAAAUUUUCUCUAGUAAUCAUUUUGAAAAUAAACAAAAAUUCAACACAACAAUUUCGAUAGAUACAUAUUAUAAUAAAUCGAUCUAA